AUGGCGACGUUUCACUACCAACUCGACAAAAUCGUUAUCGGCUUAAGCCAUCAACUGGUUUGCACUCUUAAUGAGAAGCAAGAAGUAUGGAAGAGAGUUCAAUUCCUCCAAAUUCAUAACUCGACUGUCCAAAAGGACAAAGACAUUCUGUCCAAAAAACUUGACGCCGCACUCCACAGUCUCUAUCUGCAAAAGAAUCAGAUGAAGUCUCUUAGGGCGGAGAAUCGAGAGAUGAGACAGAAAAUAAAGGCCCUUGCCUUCGCGACCACUUUGUUCAAAGAAAGGCUCGAUCCGGAUUGUGAGGCUUCGGAGUUUGCAGAUGAGGUGCUCCGGCGGCUUCGUGGAUACAUGGAAGACACAGAGAAGGAUCGUGUUAAGAAAUCAGAAGGGAAAUUGGAAGCUUGUUCCUCGAGCGUUCCACUGCGAACCGAGUCGACAGGCCAGGCAACGGAUUCUUCCUACGAGACUAUCUUUGCGGUCAGCACCCGGAGCUUCGUCAAUAAGUAA